CAGUGAAAGCGUCUCAUCCUCCAUCCUUAUAUAGCACCAUUUCCGUAACGUGUUUACCCAGGACCCUUGUAUCCUAACUACCCAAUUAGCAACAACCAACAUUAGAAAAUCACGAUGGUUGUUCUCGCAAUCUCUGUCUGCACCAAGAGCGGCAAAGCUCUCAUCUCGCGUCAAUUCCGUGAGAUGACAAGAGCCAGGAUUGAGGGCCUGAUUGCUUCCUUCCCAAAAUUGACUAGCAGUGGACAACAACAUACUACCAUUGAGACAGAGCAUGUGCGAUAUGUUUACCAGCCAUUGGAGGACUUGUUUCAAUCCAACAUUCUUCAAGAUAUUGACACGUUGCAAUUGGUCUCCCGAGUUGUGUCCUCGAUCUGUAGACCUACUGAUGCUCGUGAGAUUGACAGAAACGCGUUCGAACUGCUCAGCUCGGAGAACGUCAAUCUGGCACAGGUCGCCAGCAUUUCCGAGAUGGAAAGUCAUGAAGAAAAGAUUCAGGAGAUGAUCGAGAAGAACAAGGAACGCGAGGCCAAGGAAGAGCUCAAGCGAAGGGCAAAGAUCCUGGAUCUUGCAGAGGAAGGAGCAGCGAAAGAACAUGGGCGGCAUGGGCGGCAUGGCAUGGGAGGCGGUUAUGGCCAAGGAAUGGGUGGUGGAUAUGGCCAGAGUCCUAUGGGCUUUGGCAGUCAAUCCGGUAAUCAGGGUUACGAAUCUCCUGUUCCUUCGGAUGAUGGCCUCUCUAGAUUCAACAACCCUGCCCCCAAGGCGGCACCAGCAACAAAAGCAAGAGGAAUGCAGCUCGGUCGCAAACAAAACAACACAGAUUUGUUUGAAUCAUUGCGUUCAGAAGUGGAAUCAGUACCUGUUAGUCAACAACAACAGCCGCAACAUGUCCCAGCUCAGUCCAAUUAUUCUGCACCCACUCAACCUGACUUUCCUAUGGAGAGCGUACAUGUUCAUAUCGAAGAGAAGAUCACAAUGGUUGCUAAUAGAGAUGGUGGUCUGGAGAACAUGGAAGUGAAAGGUGAUCUGAUGCUCCGUGUCUCAGACCCCUCUUUCACAAAGAUCAGUCUCUCUCUCAGUCAUUUGGAUGAUUCGAGCAUCCAGUUCAAGUUGGAAAAUGAGGCUAUGGAAUUCAAGAACGUCAACAUCAUCAUUCCUAUCCCACAAGGAACAAGCCCCACAGUCGAUCGUCAACAAAGCGCGUUGAUCUGGCAAUUGCCCUCUAUCAGCUCUUCGAAUCCAUCAGGCACAUUGGAGUUCAACUGUCAGGGCGAGGACGCAGAAAGCUUCUUCCCAGUUUCUGUUCAAUUUGAGAGCAGCGUCACUGCUGUCACGCUGGUCGCCGACGGCUCGGAAGUGGUUUUCUCCAAGCAGAGCAUUUUGACACCAAUUGAGUACAGUGUCGUCUAGAUUCUUUAGUUUCCAACUACAACAACAAUAACGACAACAAAAAAAAAGGAAAGAAAAGAAAAAAGAGUGGAUUAAUAUAUUGAAGACCAAUGGGGCUCUUGUGUGCGACAUGGCGCAUCCAUGAAGAAAGUAGUAAAUCAGAGCCAUUCAGGAAAAAAAACAUAAAGC